AUGGAACAUUAUUCGGAUCAACAGAAAAAAAAUUCUCAGCGUUUUUCACAUUCUCCUUUAAAUACUUCUGCACCAACAUCACAUACCACUUCCCCAAUCUCUGACUACGAAAGACGUGUAAUAAAAGAUCAUAUAAGGCCCGAUGUCUCUGAUUCAAAUGCACUCCCUCCAAUAGUUAAUUAUUCCAAUAAUGAUGAUGACGAUGAUAACAAUGGUCCAUAUUUUAACAAUGUUAAUUAUAAUAACGAUCCAUCUGCUACAUUCAAUUAUGAUAGCCCAUCACAAAAUUUAGGAAAAUAUGGUUCCAAGUAUUUUAACAAUAACGAAGAUAAUAUGAAUUAUGAGAAUUCUCAACCUGCUGUUACUACUGCUACUUAUUCUCACGUUCCUAAUCAUAAAGUUAGACACUCUCAUAGUUCAGAUAUUACUUUUGACAAAUUAUAUGUUAAUAAUGUAGUCGCAGAAACAUCACCUAAAGUUCCUUCAAGGCCAAUUACUAAAUCCGACAGUCCUCUACCACCUAUACCAUCACCAUCCAUUAAAAAACAAAAUGAAGAUUUUUCAAAUCAUUCAAGUUCUUCUUCUUCUUCAAUAAAUGUAUCAGGUAAAGAUACUAAAACAUCAUCACCAACUACCAAGCAUUAUCAACUAAAGAAAUCAAGUCAAGUUUUUAACAUUAAAACAAGUGCUUCUCCUGAUGUCACCCCUCCUCAACCAAAUAACCAACAACAAAUUCCACAACCACUUAAUUAUCAACAACAACGACCAUUACACUUCUCACCACCACAACAAUCACAACAAUCACAACAACCAGCAUAUACACAAACCCAACAUUUGCCACCACAACUUCCACCACCACAACAACCUCUUCCUCCACUACCGCCGCCAAAGAAUCAAGAUAAAGAGCCCCAAGCUAGACUACAAAAAUAUUCUGAAAACAUUUUUACUUAUACUGAUAAACAAUCACAACAAAUGCCACAAUCAAUAUCACCGCCACAACCACAACAAUCAUCACAAAAUACAAACAAUGCUUUGUUAAAUAACAAUAAAUCUGCCUACACAGAGGAUCUACAAGAUCAUUCUACAAAUUUAGAUACUUUCUCAAAUUCUAAUACAGUUGCAUUAGAAAAAAUUGAUGAACACUCUGACGAUAUACCACUUGAGAUCGAGAAAAAAAAUAAUGAUGGUGAUGGUGAUAUUUUACAAAUUAAUGAGUUACCUAUUACGUUGGGAAAAACUUUUACUCCUCAUAUAAUAUUUAGAGACGAUGAUGUUCCUGGUCCAAAGGUUCAUACACCACCUUCUAAUAGUACAUCUAAUUUUAACUAUAAUUAUAAUAUACGACAGAGUAACGAUAAUAGUACAGCAGCUUAUCAAGGUUUUUCAAAUGACAAUUACAUUCAACAAAAUAAUGGUAUAGGUGCGAAUUACAUCAAUAACUCUAAUUAUCAAUAUCAUCCUCAAAAAAUAUCAUCAUCGUCACCGUCUGUAUCGAUUAAUAAUCAAAAUCAACAAUAUCAUUAUCAACAGCAACAAAAUGGAGUUUCAAGUUCGCCCGACAAUCGAAAAAUUCAGGAUGAACCAAAUAAUGAAUCAGAAUCAAUAACAAUAACAACAAUAAUAUUUACAAUCCAACGAGGAUAUAAUGGUGAAACUUAUUUCGAUACAAAUAAUCGAAUGAGUUCAAAUAAAAAUAAUUAUUAUGAUGCUAACAACAACAAAAACAAUGCACAUAUGAAUUAUACAAAUAAUCCAAAUAUUGCAGCUGAUGCAAAACAUGUUAGCUCCGGUAUGAAACCUGUAAGCCUUGAUAGUAGCAGUAGUAAUAAUAAUAAUAACAGAAUAGGAAAAGACAGAAGACAAUCCGUUCCACCAACAACAACAAGCAAAAGAUUUUCAAGUAUAUUCAAAAAAUCUAAAGAACAACAUCCAAAGUAUAAGGAGGCAACUUUAAGUUUACAAAAUAGUCAAUACCAGUAUGCCAUUAGAUUAUACUCGGAAAUAUUGACCCAAAUUCCUAAUAGUUAUUCAUUGAAAUGCGAUAGAGCAUUUGCUUACCUAAGUGCUGAUGAAUUGGCGCUUGCACUUCGUGAUUUGAACGAUGCAAUAACAAAAAAACCAAAGAAACCUCGUGCUUGGGAAAUUCGUGGUGAAGUUUUUCGUCGACAAAUCAAAUAUGAAGACGCUUUAGCUGAUUUGAAUAGAUGCCUUAGAAUCCAACCCAACAACACUCGUGCAUUAAUUUCUCGCUCGCAAGUCUAUAGUACUAUGCAACGUUUUAAAGAUGCGUUAGAUGAUUUGAAUACUGCGUUACUAUUAGAAUCAACUAAUAUUUACACGUUGACUCGUAGAGCAAAAAUUUAUGCACAAAUGCAUGAAUAUGAAGUGGCAUUACAAGAUUUGAACAAAGCAUUAGAAAUGGAUCCUAAACAAGCCUCAACCACCAGAGCCAUUAGAAGUGAUAUUUAUAAAAGCCUUGGACAUUAUGAACUUGCAUUUGCAGAUUUGGAUGCUGCAUUAAGUAACGAGGAUAAUUUAUUAGCGCUUGAGAAAAGAGGUGUCUUGUAUAGAGAGGUUGGUAAAGAAAAUGAGGCGUUGAAAGAUUUUAAUAGAAUUUUACAAAUUUUCCCAAGGAAUUUUCUUGCGCAUAAAAACAAAGCGGAAAUUUUACAUUUGCUUGGACGUGAACAUGAAGCUUUGGAUCAUUUAUUUAUAGCAUUACAAUUACAGCCUAUGAAUUUAGAAUUGAUUAUUAAACGUAGUGAAAUAAAUGAGAAAUUGGGGCAGUAUGAUAAGAGUUUAGAAGAUUUAAACAACGCAAUAAACAUGUCAAAAAAUGAUAUAAAUUUAUAUAAAAGGCGUGGUGAGAUGUACCGACUUACAAAACAAUUUGAUAAAUCGAUAAUUGAUUUUAAUAAAGUUUUAGAGUUUGAUCCAAACAAUGUAUUUGCAUUAGCAAGAAGAGGUGAAGUCUAUAGAAUGUUAGGACGUGGACCAAAAGCACUAACUGAUUUGGAUUUGGCAUUGUCGAUUGAUCCUAAUAAUGUAAUGGCGAGAGAAAGUCGUGGAGCAGUUAACAGAAAUUUUAGAAGAUACGAAGAGGCGUUGAGAGAUUUGGACGAGGCGAUUAAACUUUAUGGCGAGAAUACUCCUAGUGUAUUUGCACUAACUAAUCGUGGGGCAGUGUAUCAUAUGUUAAAGAGAUAUAACGAGGCAUUGUUUGAUUUGAAUAAAGUGUUGGAGUGUGAUCCUGAAUACGUUUUUGCAUUGGAGACUAGGGGUGCGUUGAAUAUUAUAUUGGAGAAAUAUGAUGAUUCGUUGAAGGAUUUGAAUAAAUGCUUGGUAAUAGAUUCAAGAAAUGUUUGGGCAUUAUCGUAUAGGGCUGAAGCCCUAAUUAAUCUGGGUAGAUAUAAUGAGGCCUUGAAUGAUUUAAAUCCAGUGUUGGAAGAAUCUCCAGAUUGGGGAUAUCCAUUGGCACUUAGAGGAAUGGUACAUAGGCUAUUAAAAUCACAUACAAAAUCAUUACAUGAUUUAGAUAGAGCAUUGAAAAACAUUCACGACAGAGCAUUUAAUAUUGAUUAUGAGACAAAAGCAUUAAGUAAUAGAGGGGCGACUUAUUCAGUAUUGGGAAAAUAUGAUGAAGCGCUAAUAGACCUAAAUAAAGUAUUGUUACGUGAGCCACAAAAUAUAUUUGCAUUAACGGAAAGAUCCAAUAUAUAUGUGAUGAAGGGUAAAGUGGAGGAAGCAACUUUGGAUUUACAAAAAAUUUUAAAGGUUGAUAAUAAAAAUGAAUACGCACAAAAGACAUUAAAAAAAAUAGAAACAAAUGACAUUUCUAGUGGCAGUCCUGCUUUUGGAAAUCCUGGCAGUGGUGUUGGAGAUAACACUAAUGUUAAUGUUGGCAGGAAAAAUACUUAUAAUAAAUAUAAUGAUAUUAGAAACAGCAGAAACAGUAUUAAUAAUAUUAGUAAUGGUAGUGCUGGCAGUGAAUACAGUUAUAGAAGCUGA